AGAGAGAGAGAGAGAGAGAGAGAGUCAACCUAAUUAGCGUCUCACUAUCAGCUUACCGCAUUUCCUCUACAAUCUAAAGUUAUCACCAGUGUUUUUUUUUUCCCUAAUUAUAAUUAUCUCCCUAAUUACCAUUUCCCUCGUCCCCCCUUUUUUUACACUUACCAUAUCUUAAUGGUUCCAGAUAAAACAUAAUUAGCCAGACGACGGGACUGGCAUCAGGAGGGCGAUAAAGGCAGUGCCUCUGUUGACACUGUUCGCGUGACAGGUCAUUGCAAGAUAGCAUGCAGCUGCUUGGCUGGACGUGGACGUGCCUUUGCGUGGCCGCGUCGGUGGCGCUGCUCCCGACGGCCGAAGCGACGCGGGUGCAGUUGCGCGGCGGGGGGUAUGAGGGCGUGGUCGUCGCCAUUUCGCCGGAAGUUCCCGAGUCGCAGAAGCUCGUCGAAGCCAUCAAACACAAGAUUAAGGACGCUUCUGGACUCCUCUUCAACGCCUCCAGGAAAACCGUCUUCUUUAAGAAAGUGACCAUCCUGCUCCCGGGGACUUGGGAAGACACGAAUCCCGACUCUUACAACGGGAAUAUCUCCUACGAGGAGAGCGACAUCCGCGUUGCUCCUGCCAGCCACGUCUAUGGCCACCAGCCCUACACUGAACAGCCGGGAGGUUGCGGCAGACCAGGGAAAUUUUCUCACUUUACGCCGGAAUUUCUUACUGACGAGAAUCUCAGCUACGUGUGGGGGCCGCCUGAGAGGCUGAUGGUGUUCGAGUGGGCCAAGCUGCGCUGGGGUGUGUACGAGGAGAUUGGCUACCGAGGCGACGAUCAGUUUCCGCCGAAUUACCCACGAUACUUUGACGGAGAAGACGACCAGGACGGCGACGGCGAAAGAGAAGAAGACGACGACGGCGAAAGAGAAGAGGACGACGGCGACGACGACGGCGAAAGAGAAGAGGACGACGGCGACGAUGACGGAGAAAGAGAAAACAGCGCUAGAGGAAAAAACAUUUACAGGGUCAAAGAAGUGAGGAAGAAUCCGGCGGGGAAGAUGGCCAGGGGGAAGAGGGAGGCCCCAGCGGAGAGGGAGGCCCGUCUGACUGCCAACCUCUGCGUCGUUGGCAAUCUCGAAGGACGAUAUGUAGAUUCCCAGACGGGCGAGAGCUGCAGCCGGCGGGAGGAAAAGUGCGACUUCCUAGUGAAGGAAUUUCGGGCGAAUCUGUGGUCGGUGUCCCUUGACGAGGACGCGAGGCGAGGCAGAGACGUCGCUUUCUGUGACGACGAAGAAAAGUGCGACUUCCUAGUGAAGGAAUUUCGAGCGAAUCUGUGGCCGGUGUCCCUUGACGAGGACGCGAGGCGAGGCAGAGACGUCGCUUUCUGUGACGACGAAGAAGACUCCACGUACCGCCACAACAACCAGGCGCCCAACAAGCACAACCUCCGCUGCAAAGGCGAGUCCUGGUGGGCCGUCAUGAGGAGGCAUCCGGACUUCAAGGACACUCCCUCCAGCCAAAACGCGCCCGAGGAGACGCAGUUCGAGGUGAUACAGCUCGUCGACGCCAGGGUAGUCAUGGUGCUUGACCUGACGCAGCCGGAGACCGCCAACGACAGCCUCGCCUUCGCCCGCCGCUGGCUCUACGAGGGCGCGGGGGCAGGGUCCUAUGUGGGCGUCUUGCUCAUCCUGCCGGGAGUCAAGAACGUAGUACAUGUCACAGAUAUGACUCGCAUUACUCUCUCGUCGCGCCUGGAGAUCUUAAACAGUCUGGAAGAGAAAGCCUAUUCCGCGAGGGACAAGGAGAGCUCGAAUCCGGCAGCCAGCGUCAGGAAGGGCGUGGAGGAGGCGUCGAAGAUGUUUAACAACACCGAUAUCAACGCUGCCAUCCUUUUGGUAAACAAUAAUGAGAUUCAGAAAAAAGAUCUCCUUGACUUUCCUGCCGAUUUGACCACACCUGUUUAUACAAUCUCCUCAGUAGCGUCGAGCGGCUUGAAAGAGUACGUGGAAAAAACGAAAGGUAAAUUCGUUGUCCUUGAAGGCCCUCUAGACGAAGGUAAACAGAAGGAACUCGUCGCCGAUGUGUCCAACUACGUUUCUCAGCCUGGUGGUCCUCGCAAUGAAGCUCCUAUUUCCUUCCAAAACGAGACGAUCUGGGGCAAGACGGAAGGCUCGAGCGUGCCGAUCGAUGGCAUACCAGGGACCUACAUCUUCCGCUUAAGCACUAACAACCCGAACCACGUGCUGGAGCCGCCGACAGUGGCUCUGCAGCAUUCUCCCGGCAAAGUAUACCAGGCCAAACAACAGGCUGGGUCGUCCUUGAACCAGUGGACAGUGGUUGUUGACGAUGCCAGCACAAAAGAACCUGGGGCAUGGGUCUGGCGAGUCAACACGACAGACGACGCAAACUCGUUCGUGAGACUGGAAACGCUUCUGGAACCCGAGGCGGACCAAGGACCCGUUGUGCAGGUGGAUUCCUGGAUCGAGCAAGUCUCGGGACCUGACGGCGUGGCUGGGACAUCUGACGAAGUUCUCCUGUACGCGAAGGUGAUGGAGGGUGAAAUGCCAGUCCUGGGCGCUGUCGUCGAAGCCUAUGUGAGCAGCGCCGAAAACAGCAGUAUUAAACAUCGUCUACAACUCUACGAUACCGGCAGUGGCGCCGAUUCACAGAAGGGGGACGGUCUGUACUCCUGCUCCGUCCCCCCCUUCGCGAAAGGCAACUACUCCAUCGAGGUCAAGGUAUCGAGCAACGACGGGACGAAGGUUCCACAAGCAUUCCCAAAAGGAGGCUCCCUGAGGCGGCCGAGACGAAUGUGCUGCGGAAGUUCAUUUCCUUCUUCGACCAAGACGCGUCCUGUGCCCUAUCUAAAUAGGGGUAGCCAUGCAGGGACAUUCACGAGCAAUUACAACCUCAGAGAAGACCGCAUUGCGCCCUUCCGCGUGACUGACCUCCGGAAGAAGGGGAUGGCACUGAUUGGCAACCGCGUGUGCGUGCAACUGGCGUGGACGGCGACCGGCGAUGACCGCGACUUCGGCCAAGCCUCCCGUUACACCGUCCGGGGCAGUCCGAGCCGAGGAUCAGUGCAAGCCGAGACGUGCGCUGGCUCCUGCAAGAAGCUGACGCCGGUGUUCGAAGCCGGGGCCGCGUCGCCGCCAGCGGGCCAGAGGAUGACUGCCCGCGUCUUCCUUCCGAACGACGGCCACGCCCAUUUCUUCUUCGCCGUCAUCGCUCAGGACGAGGUCGGCAACGCCAGCCCGCUCUCGAACGUGGUGGCCGUGGAGGUGCGGGGCAGCCUGUUCCAGGAGUGGCGGCUGUGGGCGCAAAUCCUCCAGUGGCUCUUGAUCGGCGUGUUGGCAGCGGUCGGGCUCGCCAUUCCGUUGCUCCUGGCCUGUGACCGACGCCAACGCAGGUUCCUUUGGCUGGACGAAAUUCCACUCCGCAAACUGUGAGCCGCUGCACGGGAGCCAGACUUAUAAACUACCAAUAAAAGCGAAUGCAAGAGAGGUGUGGAGGAAAGGACCAAUUCCUGAAGGGGACGUGGUAGUUAAAAGGUUAAGAACCAUUGGGCUAGUGUCUGGAGUCCCGCCAGCGGCCGGAUCUGACUCACGCUGGCCGGAGAGAAGAGAUCAGCGCGAGCCGACUGCCCAAAACAGCUGAUCUAGUGCGAAGUGAUUAAGGUCGUGUGUGAUAGAUAUAACAAUGAACGAGGAUGAUUUCUACGGUAAUGUGACUGCAGAUAAAGGUUAUACUACAUUAGCAGUUACAUAGUUCAUAAGAAAAUGAUAACAGCAUGAUAACAAAGUUUCUAGAUUUAUAGUAUGAAGGUUUCCGCCAUGGGCAAUUAAGUCAGACAAAAAAGAGAAGAAUAUCAGGUAUUAUUGCAAAAAGAUGCAACCAUCCUAACCUUAAAAGAAUCCUUACGAUCUUCAAUGAGUUUUAAUCACAAUCGAAGAACAGGUGAGAUGUUUUGUUUCGAUGAUAAGAAAAAAAAUAAAACUGACAUUCUCCCUGAUGGAGAACAUUUCUGGAAUAUAUAUUUGAUAUACCUGCAUACACACACUCACACUCAUAAUAUAAUCUCUCUCUCUCUCUCUCUCUCUCUCUCUCUCUCUCUCUCUCUCUC